AUGAGGGGGGAGGAGGCGGUGACCGCGGUGGCGAGGCCCGAGGCGGGCCGCGACGGCGAGCAGUCUCGGCCGCCCGCAGGCCUGGGGUGCGGGGCGCGCGGGGAGACCGGAGGCCGCGGCCCCCAAGAGUCCCGGAAGCAGUGGAAGAAAUUUUUAUAUUGUGAGCCACAUAAGAGAAUUAAGGAAGUAUUGGAAGAAGAACUUUAUAUUAAGAGAGAUGAAUGCCACAUUAAACAUCCACCUGCAGUGGCCCUGGAAGGGAUUUGGAGCAUUAAAAGGAAUCUCCCUGUGGGAGGCUUGAAGCCAGGACUGCCGAGCAGAAACAGUUUACUGCCACAAGCCAAGUACUAUUCGAGGCACGGAGGGCUACAAAGAACCACCUUCUCAAAACCUUCCAAGAUCCCUUCUUCUCCAUUGUCUGCACUUCUCAUAGAUUCUGAAAGGCAGGAAGUUCAUAGCUCUGGUACAAAGAAAGCUAUGAGCCAGCAGGCAGAAGCGUUCAUUCAGCGGGGGAGCGAAGAAAAAGAACGUGUUUUCACUGCUCAGAAAACUUUCGAUUCUUCUGUUUCCUCUGCUGGGGCAGUAGGCAAAGCGAAUGUUCUCCUGACAGUAGGGUUUCCUUGA